GUUGGCAAUGUUUUAAAAUUUGAAAUCGUCUGCUACGUUGACUUCACAGCAGACGAUCUCACAUUUUCGUACUAAGACUGGUUUCCUUAAAAUAAAAUGUUCUUUUUCCAGAUAGUGAUUGGAAGUUCGACCGCACAAAAUGCCUGCUAUGAGCGCAACAGUCCCGAAACGCACCUCUAUCCCAGGAUUCCCUCCUACGCCGCUCCUUCUUAUCAACCGGAUUCGAACUUAGAUCCUGCCACCGCUGCUUCUUUUUAUACUCCCACAUUAAACUCUACUUAUGGAAUGAAGGAAGGUUCUGAUCCAUGGAGGAGUAUAUCACAGUCCUACUACUACGAUCCCACCUUGGCGGCUUACGGGUAUGGAGGUUUAGACUUCAACGGAGCGAGAAGGAAGAACGUAACGCGGGAUUCCACGAGUACCCUCAAAGCCUGGCUAAACGAACACAGGAAGAACCCUUACCCAACCAAGGGAGAGAAGAUUAUGCUGGCCAUCAUCACCAAGAUGACACUCACACAGGUGUCAACAUGGUUUGCCAAUGCGCGGCGUCGCUUAAAGAAAGAGAACAAAAUGACGUGGGAACCGAGGAACAAAGCGGAAUCCGAGGAUCCUAAGAAGGAGCAAAAAGAUGAGGAUGAUGAAGACGAAAAACCUCCCCGCAUCGGCAACAACACAGGUUAGUCUGAGCUAAGAAAAAAUAAUUACCAUUUGAAAUAGUUAACUUAUCACUUUUGUCUUAUAUUAUGU